AUUACGACCAGACAUAGAAUAGUGGAAAGAGCUAAGGUCAAAAACAUGAGCUGAAUUAAAUUCAAUGGCUUCCAAAAACUUUCUGAGUCUCACAGUGUGUCUUACCUCUGGAUUGCAGGACGCAGCAGCAAACCCACAUGAUUCAUAAGGGUGUUAGUAUGCCUUGGCUUCAGAGCCUUUUUGUCAUGGGACAGACAGACAUCUGAGUCUCAGCUGUAAAGAACUGUCAAUACAUUGUGAACAGCAAUGCAGCUUUCUGACAUCAGCUGCCCUGAAGACACAACAAGCAUACCAGGAACGCAGAGCACGAGGCAAACUGGUUACAUAUGCAAAAUGGGCAUGACUAAACUGUCUGUAAAAGAUUAUAUGAGCUCUCUGCAUACCUAUAUUGAAACAUCUUCAGCAAAGUGGCAGGAAAUCACAAAAACUGCUCCAAAUGCAUCUAAAAGUAUCUCGGAAAUGCUCAAAUUAUGUGAAGCCGACCCAGUGGAUCUUCUUAUUGAUCUAGGAUUUGGCAUUGAUGAACCUGAUCUAUGUACUAAAAUCCCAUCCCGUUUCAUCAUGACACCUUCUGAAGCAAGAGGAAUCAACAUCCCAGUCUUCUUGGAGGCCCAGAAAAAGCGGAUGGAAAUUGAGAAUCCUAAUUUGUGUGGUCGUUUCCGUCAGCUGGAGGUCCUAGAGCAGGUGACAAAUGCCUUUUCCUCUUUACUAAGAGACGUUAACAUUAACACCAUUAAAAAAGGUGAAGAUCAGAAGGAAAAGUCACUGAAAACAUCUACACUGACACAGGAAAAGCGAAAAAGAAUAAGACAGCUUCUCUGGAAAUUUUCCAAACAGGGGAAAAUAGUUGAUGAAAACCCAAGUCCAUGUAUUAUUAAAGCUGAACCAAAUCAAAACCAAGAUCACCAAGAGCCCUUAAAAGACUCAAGUAACUUGAAGGUUUUCCUAAAAAGAUUGCAUAGUACGGAUGAAAACUCUUUGGCAGCUUUGCCAAAGGACCAAUUGCCAGCUGGAGAAAAUGGAGAUAAACUUUCCCAAAGAUCAGGAACCCAGCUAUGUAUGCUUACUACACCUGUGAAACAACAUAGUCUUCCUGACAUGCCAGGCACAGUCAGAACACUCAAGGUUUCCAAAGUUCUCUCUAGAGCAUUAAUGAAAAGAACCGUUCGGCACAGACUCCAGACUCCAGAAUCGUUUGAAAUUGAGGAGGUGCAGAGCUUCGAAGAAGAUUAUCCAAGGGCAGUCAAUCAGGAAAGCAUGUCAGAGAUCACUAGAACAAACAGCUGCCAGUCUGACAGUAGUGGAUUUCAGGAAGAACCGCCAGAGCUUUUACCUUUACAGAUACGUCAUGAAAGUUCACAAAGUACAGACAGCCAGGACACUGUAAAGGAGAAAGAUAAUUCUGCUGCCUAUGAAUAUGAUAGUGAAGAAUAUAAGUAUGUCAGUCACUUUACCGAUCCGCAGGCACAAGACAAUCUUGUGACAUCUUCCAGAAACAGUGGACAUCUGGCAAGCAAAGAAAAAUUCAAGUCAUUGUCGGUGAACACUGAAAAUAGUGAUGAUGUAUUCCAGAGUUUUGAAAGUAAUACUGAAUACGUUGAUAAAGAAAAUACGCAAGAAACAGAUGGACACAUAUCAGCAUCAGUGCACACUGGAAAGGAAGCAGAGGAAAUGAUAGAUGGUGCCAGCUAUCUGAACCAGUGUGAGCUGGAUGAUCAAACUGAUCACCGAUAUACAGAAAGCCCAGACGUUUCCUCAGAAAUUGACUUCCCAGUAUAUGUCACACAUUACUUAUCUGAUAUCCGAGAAAGUAGCCGUGAAGCCUCUGGUGAGACAAAUGAUCAGGGGCCACACUUCUCCGAAAGAUGCGUAAGUGAUCCUCCAAAGAGUGAUAGUGACGGAGAUUCAUUUGCUGAUGAUGAGUGUUCUGUGGAAUUAUCCAACAUAAAAUGGACACCGUCUCGGAUGUAUGAUUUGGAAAGCUUCACCUUUCCCACACAGACUUCUGGGGGAUCGGUAGAUUACUCAGAUGAUGAGUUAAAACAUUGCUUCCAAGACAAAAAGAACACAUUCCAGACAGAAAUAAACACCAAUAUUUACAAGUCUGUGACCAUUCAGAUGUCAUCCCCAUUGUUGCCAGACACCAGCGAGCGCAUUAAUAGAUAUCAUCCUUUCUACAACACAGAUACUAACAGGAGUGAAGAACAUACUAUGUUACAUUAUAAUACAGGGAAAAAGGAAGCCUUUAGCCAGACUGAUAUGGGGCGGUGGAAUGUAUGCUGCACUAACAAUCACUCCUCACAUCUAAGAAGCUGCUGUCUUACUGAGUCACUUUCAUUUGAUAUGGGUCUAUGGGGCCCAAAUCAUUCUCAUCCAGCACUGCGCACUCCCUGCUGUCACCAUUACCAUCACUGCCAUCACUGCUGUAUCCGGAAAUGCUGUACAAUGUACAGACACAAUGCAUCCAUGAGGGCUUCUGCUGCUCAUAACAUUGAGAAAGAGCUGUCAGACACUUUGACAUUAUUGAGGGAGUCUCUUGUCAAUAUAUCACUGAAUACAGACCAUGAUAUGGAAAACAUGAAAAAAUCAUGCCAACACUAUCGGGAGAAGCUGAUAGACAUUGAGCAACGUUUGAUAGAGCAACAAGCUGGGUGCUUCAAUAUUUUCACAAGUGAAGAAAGGGAAAAAAUGAGAACACUGCAUUUCUUACGGCGAAAUGUUCUAAAAGAAGCUUUGGAAUUAGAAUUGAAUUUGGAUGAACAAGCACGUCAUGCGAAAGAAACAAUUUCAUUGCAACUUAAACAGGUUUUGGAAGAGCAGUCAAGGCUGUAUUCAGAGCUAGAUUUGUGUAACUGGGAUCAAGAUAUGAGUCCUGUGGAACACUGUUCAAAUAUACUUGAGACUCAUAAUGCACAACCUACGUCAUUGUCCACAUUUGAUGUUCCUAAAGCAGAUCCAGAACUUAACCAAGCACAACCUGAGGCUCCAUCACAGAAAAUGGAUUUUAGCACUAUUCUACAGAAUAUCAAGAAAACAUUCAGAAGCUUCAACAACUCCUGAGAUGAAGCAAAAACUAAGGACACUCUUAAGACGUACUGUAAUCAUAAGCCUUCGUGAUUUUGGACAUUAAUGUAUCUGCUCACAAACGGGCUGAGUCUGAGUUGGAAGCAAAGCAAAAACAGCAAAUAACCUUGGGUAAACCAUGUUGCACAGCAGGUGAGAGGACUGUGUCCGAGCUCAAAUCUCCAUUGCAGUGUAACAUAAAGCUGCCUAGCAUAUGUGGGCUAUAUGCAAAAGCAGACAAUAUUUACCCUGCAUUCAAGAAGAAAAAUAAAAAGUACUUUCACUCCUUAUAUUGCAACAUUGUUUGUCUAGGGGGGUAAUUCAGAUCUAAUCGCUGCUGUGCGUUUUUGCACAGCGUACAAUCAAAGCUGAACUGCGCAUGUGUGUGAGCCGCAAUGCGCCGGCUCGUUGCACAACAGCAUCGGGAAUUGGUGCCUAGCGACGGGAUGGUGCGAAAAAUCCAAAAGCACGGGCCUUCGCAAGAAGAUUAACAGGAAGAGGAUCGUUCGUGGGUGGCAACUGACCGUUUUCCAGUAGUGUCCGGCGUUUUGAAGAGAGGGUGUUUGACGUCAGCUUCGGUCCUGAUCAGGAAACAAUCGAAUCGUCUGAAUAAGUCCUGGGCUGCUCAGAGACUGCACUGAUGUUUGUGCGGCUCUGCUAAUGAAGCAAAAGCACACUUGAACAGCGUUUUCCCCUCCCCCUGUAGACGGCGACUAUCUAUUUGCAGGGCAGCAAAAAAUGCAGCCCAGCGAUCAGAUCUGUAUUAGGCCCUAGGUGCAAAGUUACUUGUUUCUAUUGCUUUAUUCCAAACUAAGAAUCAGCUCCACAAUAUUCCUCUGUGCACUGAAUUAUGUAUGCAUGCAGAACAGGCUAUCCUAUAAAACUUGGUGAAUGUACCAAGUUGGCUUUCCUCUCCUUUAAUGCAUUGCUUCUUUAAAUGAGUAGGAAAAACAGCGAUUGCCCAGAAGUGUAAAUUCGCAAAAAAUCCACUGAUUUUAAAAUAAGUCAGUGUUUAUUAGAUUAGAGUUUGGAGGAUGAAAUAAUGAUUUAUUUACAGCAAUUGUUGGCUAUUUUUGUUGCUGAACAAAAUGCCAUUUAAUACAGUACAUAUGACCCAAUAUAUGAGUUUAUUUUUGAUGGCCUGUUUCAAAAAUAGUUAUUAAGAAUCUGAUUACAUUUAUGGCCACUCAUUCCUAUAAUAGAGUAUGGUCUCUGGUCAUAAAUGCAUAAUUGUCCUGCAUUGUGCAUGGGGCAUACUAUCAGAGUCUUCUUUUUAUGGAAUUGGGGUCCGUUGUUUUUAAAAAGAAAAACAGGUCAGACCAUACAAGGUAAUUAUUUUCGAAAAAAGGAUGAUCAGAGAACUUGACUAACAAAGAAGAAGGCAUUACAUUGUACUUAAUAUAACUAAAAAUAGAUACCUACUGCCAAAACAUUAAUGUGCCCAUCUUCUGGCUAAUUGAAUUGAUUUUAUUGUCUUUAGACUGGCUUGACCUGGUAAACUGCCUAGCGGUUGAUGUUUUACUUAAUACCCAUAACAGAUUACACAAAAGUCAGUCCUAAUUAAAAUAAAGACACAGAGACCACGAUGCAGGUGAUCACAGCUUUAUUAACUUAAUUUGGUGGCAAAGAAAGUACAUUCAACUAUCAGUGCCAACCAGAACAACAAUAAAACAUUGUGUAUGGCUAUACGCCCAGGUGCUACCAAGUCAUGGAGAACCCACUUCCCAUCUUUGACUUCAGCACUUGAUCCCCAUUAGGGUGGUGUCACAAAUACAGUUGACUCACAGCAAAGGAGUGUUCCCUGUGCACCACCUAUGACCACUGACAGCCAUCCUUUCUCACCUGCUUGCCCUAUCUGCAAAAAAAAUCUUUAGCAAACAAGAAAAACAGAUGAUAAGCAUUAAAAACAACAUAGGACUUAAAUUCACAAAGCCAAGAGAUCUGGAUAUUAAACACCAGCUCUUGUGUGUCCUAAUGUUCUGUAAAGACCUCACUGCUUCUUGCUAAUUGCUCCUACAAAUCUGUAAUGUGCAUACAUCAAAGCAUUGGCAUUUAAAUGCCAUAGGGCUUUUAUAGACCUAAGUUAUCUUACUAGCGUGAUCUCAGUUUAAAGGGGGUGGCAGAGCUUUAUUCAUUUUUAUAUUAUAAGGCCUCUUUAACUGCUGACAACUGAAGCUAUUGUGGGAGCAGCUAAUACAUUAAUAACUUUGUUAACAACAUAACUGCAAGAAAGAGUGGAAAAUUUCAGAGAAAGGUACAGUACAUAUAAUAACCAGAUUGAAUUACUCAUUGCCAUCUUUUAAAAUGCACUCAUGGUUAUUCUGGAGGCAGCCAUUUUGUGGGCUAAACCAGAGUCUCCCAAACUCCAUUCAGGUUUUAAGGAUAUCAAUGCUUGAGUCCAGAUGGUUAAAUCAAAUUGACUGAGAUAAUAAUUAAAUCACCUGUGCUCAAGCAUGGAUAUCCUUAAAACAUGGACUGUAAUGGCAGAGUUUGGGAAACUAAAACAACAGUGACAUCAAGGACUGUACAAUUAAUAUUUAUUAGUCUUGAUCAAUAUUCAAGAUACACUAAUUCAGAAAACAGUAUAUUUAUAGGCUGCAUUCUCAUUAAUAUUGAUUCUGCCGUAAAAUGGGCACAUACUGUGUAUUUUAUACUGUGUGCAGAUGACAGGAGAGCUUUAAAUGACCAAUGCAACGUGAAUUUCUGAAACCCAAAGCUGGACAGUUCAAUACCAAUAUGGAUUACAACAGUCGAUGUCAUGACUGGGAAAUUAUUUGUUACAUACAUUUUAAAUACAUCAUUGAAUGCUUGGACAUGCUGGCACUUGUGGAACAAGUUCCAGCAAUAAGUACUUGUGAAACUACAAAUCAGGUUUUGCUGGAACAGUUGCGAAAUAAAAUUUAAUUAAUUUUCUGAUAUCUGCCUUGUUAUCAGUGGUACUGCAGGUCAGUUUCUGCUCAUAAGCAGCCAUCAUGUGCAUUGCUCCUGAUUGGUUGAGCUUUUCCAAUUAAUUUCUGUGGACGUUCUCCUCCUCAUAAUGCACUGUUUAUUUAAAUGAAAAACAAUGAGUAAAAUCAUAAAAUUAACUGAUUUACAAAAAAUAAUCCAUUUUUUAUCAGAUUGCGGGAUUAACUAAUGAUGUAGGUAUAUCUAUUGUGGGAUAUUUUAACUUUUAACAAAUACACAUUUUGAUCGGUCUUUUCCAAACUAUUGGUUUAUUUUUGUUAGCCUGUUUUACUAAAAGUUUUAAGUUAUACAAAACUGAAAUAAAGGGUGUGCAAUAUGCUCCCCUAAUGUACUGUAUGGAACUUGUUUUUUUUAUUUUUUUAUACCUGUUUGCGGUUUCACUAAAACUCACAUUGACUAAUUUGUUCGUGUUAAAUAAUUUGACAAAUUAUAUCAUUAUAAUUUCAACGGAAUACAAACAACAUUUGAUGAUGGCGCAUUUAUAACAAAAGCUGUACUGAUCUUUAUCAAUGUAUUUGUGAACACUUAAAUGCAAAACCACCUUCACAGUUAUUAGUAGAUAAAAUAACUGCCAACAAAUUCAUAUGGUAUAUUGGAAUCCAUGAGUGAGUGGAAACCUAAUAUAUUAUAAGAUCAUUAAUUUGCAGUGUGAUAACUCCAAUAAUAUGUGUUUAGAGUAUGGUGAUAUUUCAGACCAUGACUUCAUGACAGACUAAUAAAAUUGAUCUGAAAUGAAAACAAAAACUUGUUUGAUUUACAUUGCCUUUUUUUAAAUUGAGUACUUUUAUUGAAGUUUGUUCUUAAAGGUACAGCACAACAAGUCCUUUGACUUCAUGCUUGGUUUGUACUCAGACAUGCACUGUCAAGUGUGGGACCUUACAUAGACAGGUGUGUGCCUUUCCAAAUCAUGUCCAGUCAGCUAAAUUUACCAUAGGUGGACUCCAAUUAAGCUGUAGGAACAUCUCUAGGAUGAUCAGUGGAAACAGGAUACACCUGAGCUCAAUUGUGAGCUUCAUGGCAAAGGCCGUGAAUACUUAUGUACAUGUGAUUUCUUAGUUUUUUUA